GCUUGGGCUACGCACCGGGCGGUCGGCCAUCUGUCAAAACCAACACCAGCAGCUGUCAAACGGGCUGUUUGGAAGUAAACAUGGGCAUGUGCUUCGUCGUUCGUUGAGGAAUCGUGUUGGGAAUAGUGCUUUUUUGUUUAGUAAUCGCAAUUAUAGCUAAAGCAGAACCAUUCGAUAGCGUAGAAAAUGCCUCGACCUAGUGCAAAAUGGAGCGAUUUAUCCCCAUCGCUAAGUGCGCCAGUGCUCGAGGUGAUUGAAGGGCUUGGAUUCGAUAGGAUGACGCCGGUGCAGGCCGCAACGAUUCCGCUUCUCAUGUCCUACAAAGACGUAGCUGCUGAGGCAGUGACGGGAUCCGGCAAAACGUUAGCAUUCCUCGUCCCUUUACUAGAGCUGUUGCUCAAAAGAAAGCGUAGCGAGGCGUGGAAAAAGCACGAAAUCGGUGCCGUUAUAGUUUCUCCCACGCGCGAAUUGGCCACCCAGAUACACGAAGUACUGUCCGAAUUUCUAAGCCACAAAGAGUUGGCCUGCUUUCGACAGAAAAUGGUGAUCGGGGGAAAUGCCGUGGAAGACGAUGUGCUGGCUAUCUUGCAAGAUGGUGUCAACAUUCUAGUGGCCACCCCUGGUCGACUGCAGGAUCUUUUCGAACGCAAGGGAGACGUAAAUCUGGCCGCCAAGGUGAAGAGCUUAGAGCUGCUCGUACUAGACGAAGCGGAUCGUUUGCUGGAUAUGGGGUUUGAGGCGACGAUCAACACGAUCCUCACGUACCUUCCGCGCCAGCGUCGUACCGGCUUGUUUUCCGCCACACAAACCAAGGAGGUUAGAGAUUUGAUGCGCGCUGGUUUGCGUAAUCCGGUGCUGGUUAGUGUCCGCGAAAAGGCCAGCACAAGUACGCCGAAAUUGCUGCAAAAUUACUACGCGAUCGUUGAGCCAGAGCAAAAGCUGGGGGCUUUACUGGAAUUCAUACGCACUAGGAACGUGAAGAAGGCGAUGAUGUUCUUUCCCACGUGUGCUUGCGUCGAGUAUUGGUCCGUCGCUUUGGCGGAGCUUGUAUCAUCGAUGCAGGUACUGGCCUUGCACGGAAAAAUGAAAUCGCAACGCUUUCGCACACUGAAGACGUUUCGGGAAGCGGAUAGCGCGUUGCUCCUGUGUACCGAUGUACUUGCCCGAGGUGUUGAUAUUCCCGAGGUGGAUUGGGUACUGCAGUGGGAACCACCAUCGAACGCAGCCGCAUUCGUUCAUCGUGUGGGUCGUACGGCACGCCAAGGAUCGGAAGGAAAUGCGCUCAUAAUGCUGCUUCCGACAGAGGAUGCUUAUGUGAAUUUUCUUACCCGUAAUCAAAAAGUUUCGCUGAAGGAAAUCGAGUUAAAGCUUCCCGAGCUAAAGCUAACCGAAAUCCUUCACACGCUGCAUCAGCUUCAGACGAAAGAUCGGGCCACAUUCGACAAAGCCAACCGAGCGUUUGUGUCGCACGUGCAGGCGUACAGUAAACACGAGUGCAACCUUAUCCUUCGCCUGAAGGACCUCGAUCUCGGCAAGGUGGCAACAAGCUACGGACUGCUGCAGCUACCGCGGAUGCCAGAAAUUAAGCCACAGUUUAAGGAGUCAUUCCGCGGUCCGGAGCAGACGGUGGACGUGUUCGCGCUGGCUUACAAGGAUAAGCAAAAGCAGGCCUCAUUCCAGGACAAGCUGAAAACGUACGCCGAAACAGGCGAAUGGAAGGGCAAAAAGAAACUUAUACGCAAGAAAUCGAUUCCCUGGGAGCUGGCCAACAAGGAGCGUGAGGAGCGCAAGGAGAUAAGGAAGAAACGGAGGGAAAAGAAACAAACACGAAAGGCCGCGAUCGAGGCGGGUGCUGUGGUGCCGGUGAAAAAGAAACGGCCCAAAUUUACCCAAGAAGAGCUCGACGAGCUGGCCAACGACAUACGGUUGUUGAAGAAGGUGAAAAAGAAGAAAAUCACCGAAGAGGAAUAUGCGGACGAGAUGGGUCUGAAGGACGGAGAGGAUGAUUUGAUGGACUCGGAAUAAAUUGAUCGCCGGAGUGGCGUGGUUAGUUUUAUGGCUAAAUCAAA